CGCACUAGAUUUGUUGCUUCGGACAUAAUUAGGUGCUUGACACCAAGAUAUCUCGUCGUCAGCCACUCAGUCACCAUGGCUGCGUCUACCAGCAUUGCCGCUGGCUCGUCCCUGAAGCUCGCAACCACCUCCUCGCUUGGCGCGAGGUCCUCGGCUUUCCAGGAAUGGUCCGAGGGCUCCAUUAGAAGCAUCUCCCUCAAGAGCACCAGGCCCGCAGUCAGCAAGACACAGUCUCGCCAGAAAGACAAUUCCAAUGGCAAGAACCGCAUGGUGGUAAAGGCCAUGGCGCCUAAUGCUCUCGUGGACAUCAACGCGGCUGAUGAAGUCAAGUUCAAGGCGCUGGUCUCUCGCCGCGUCGUCUUCGACCAUGCCGACUGGAAGAAACACAAAUCCAGCGGCCGAUACUUCAAGCACCUGCGCAGCAUCCUGACGUCCAAGGUCAUCGGUGCGCUGGGCCCGCCCGUGUCGGUGAUGACGGGAAUCGCGGCGGCGGUGGUGGGGUGGAACGAGAUGGUGGUGAUGGGCGCGCUGCCCGAGUGGGCUCCCGUGCUGCACAUCUCCAACCUGCCCUUCAGCCUCACGGCGCCGGCGCUUUCCUUCCUGCUGGUCUUCCGUACUAACGCCAGCUACGGCCGUUUCGAUGAGGCUCGCAAGAUGUGGGGUCUCAUGCUGAAUCGCACGCGCGACAUCACGCGACAGGCACUGUCGUACAUGGCGCGCGACCAGUACACGUACGAGUACCCCAAGCGCGCGCAGUUCAUCCGCCACCUGCAGGCGUUCCCCCUCGCGUACAAGCACCACUUCAUCCAAGAAGGCUCGCUGGAAGAGGAUCUCAGGGACCUGACCAGUCUGACUGAUGCGGAGAUUGCGGGAGUGCUGGGGGCGACGCACCGGCCGAAUUACGUGCUGCUGAUGAUGUCCGAGUGCAUGCGCUCGUGCACCAUGGAGCCCGUCAACCGCCUAGCUAUGGAGGCCAACUUCGCGACAUUCGCGGAUGACAUCGGAGGCAGCGAGCGGCUGUUCAAGACGCCCAUCCCGCUCUCCUACACGCGCCUCACCUCGCGCUUCCUCGUCCUCUACCACAUGUUCCUGCCCUUCGCUCUCUGGGACCCCCUCGGCUGGCUCACCAUCCCUGUGACCGCCACGUGUGCGGCUGUUUUCUUCUGCAUUGAGGAAGUCGGAGUGCUCAUUGAAAACCCCUUCCCAAUUCUCGCCCUCGUCGUCAUCUCCCAAUCGGCGCGCAACAACGCUGGCGAGAUGGUUGCCCUCCACGAGGGCGUCCGGAAUCUUGUGGCGGAGGACGACCUCGAGAUGAAGAAUCUGUCAGCCCGCAAGCAGGAGGCUCUGCUGCCCCAUGCGCCCCAGUUCGUGCCUGAGCCCGAGCCUGACUACCAGUCUGACUGGGAUGAAGAUGCUGCUGCCUUGGCCCCCAUUCCUCCUGCUCCAGUGCCUCCUGUGGCUCCUGUUGCUGCCCGAGGGCCUUACAGCGAGUAAAGAAGGUUGAUGAAUCUGCGUCAUUGGUCUACUUCAUUAUUUCUGGUUCCUUAGUUCCUCGUUUUUGCCAGGUACUGGUUGUAAAGUGCUAUGUAUGUGAAUAAAUGAUUUGGAAUUGGUGGCACUGUAGU